UCNUGUUGUGUGAACCAACUGCGCUAAGAGCCCCACUUGCAAAGAAGGAGACGCGGCACAAGGCAGCGAGCAGCAGCAGCAGCAACAGCGGCGGCAGCAGGAGGAGAAGCAGCAGCAAAAUAAAGAAAAGAAAAAAGAGAGAGAAAGAAACAGCGGAAAGAAAGAGAGAGAGAGAAAAAAAAGCGAAGCUGAUCUCGGUUGAUGUUUCCACACUCUGGACUUCAAAAAACUACAGCGAACCCCUCCGCUUUCUGCGCCGAGAAAAGUCUUUUUAGUUGUGCAAUUUUUUUUUCUUUGCAAGCCUUGUGUGUAAUCUUUAACCUUUUCUCCAUUCUUAUUUUGAUGGCUUUCCUGAAUGGCUGACUGUGAGCUUCCCUGGACCUGGCCCCCCGACACUCGCCUCUCCUCCUUCAACUCCUCUGCAGCAGAUCAGCUUUAAGAGAGAGAGAGGGGGAGAUCUUUGAAGAGAUUUUGUCCUCUCUCUCUCUCUCUCUCUCCCCCCUACCCCACCACCCCCUUACUUCUGUCUUUAAGCCAGACAAUCGACUCGCAAUCUGCCCCCCCAACACCCCUCGUCCUCCGCCUUCGCUGGCAUUUUUUUUCUGUCCCCCAUCCCCCCUUUUCUCCUUUUUUAAAAGGAAAAAGAGAGAGAGAGAAACUGCUGCAAAGCUGAUCUGAAAGCAAAGCAAACAAACUUUAAAAAUAAAGGGGGAACAGGAAGUUUGGAAACGGUGUCCAAUAGAUAUGGCAAUGGUAGUUGGUGCGUGGCGAGAUCCCCAGGACGAUGUACCCGGAGCUCAGGGAACUCAGCCUGCUCAAGCCCCUCCAGUGCAAGGACCACCAGCUGGGGCCCCUCACACACCACAAACCCCGGGACAAGGAGGGCCCCCCAGCACUCCAGCCCAGACCAACCAGCCAAGCCAGCAGAGCCAAGGAGGAGACAAGCAGCAGCAGCAGCAGCACAUUGAAUGUGUGGUUUGUGGGGACAAGUCUAGUGGCAAACAUUAUGGCCAAUUUACUUGCGAGGGUUGCAAGAGUUUCUUCAAGCGGAGUGUCAGGAGGAACCUGAGCUAUACUUGUCGUGCCAACAGGAACUGUCCCAUUGACCAGCACCACCGCAAUCAGUGUCAGUACUGCCGGCUCAAAAAAUGCCUCAAAGUUGGCAUGAGACGGGAAGUUUCUUCUUUAUUUACUGCAGCCGUCCAGAGGGGCAGAAUGCCACCCACACAGCCAACUCAUGGUCAGUUCGCGUUGACAAAUGGGGACCCUCUCAACUGCCAUUCCUAUCUAUCCGGAUAUAUCUCCCUUCUCCUGCGAGCAGAACCUUACCCAACCUCCCGCUUUGGCAGUCAAUGCAUGCAACCCAACAACAUCAUGGGCAUCGAGAACAUUUGUGAACUGGCAGCCAGGAUGCUCUUCAGUGCGGUGGAGUGGGCCAGGAAUAUCCCCUUCUUCCCAGACCUCCAGAUCACAGACCAGGUGGCCCUCCUCAGGCUGACCUGGAGCGAGUUAUUUGUGCUCAACGCUGCCCAGUGCUCCAUGCCCCUCCACGUAGCCCCUCUCCUGGCCGCUGCUGGCCUCCACGCUUCGCCGAUGUCUGCUGACCGAGUGGUCGCCUUUAUGGACCACAUACGAAUCUUCCAAGAGCAAGUAGAAAAACUGAAAGCGUUGCAUGUCGACUCUGCAGAAUAUAGCUGUUUAAAGGCCAUAGUCCUCUUCACCUCAGAUGCCUGUGGUCUCUCUGAUGUAGCCCAUGUUGAAAGCUUACAGGAGAAGUCACAGUGUGCUUUGGAAGAAUAUGUUAGGAGCCAGUAUCCCAACCAACCAACGCGAUUCGGGAAGUUAUUACUACGUCUUCCCUCACUGCGCACUGUCUCAUCUUCUGUCAUAGAGCAAUUGUUUUUCGUCCGUUUGGUAGGUAAAACCCCAAUAGAAACCCUAAUCAGGGAUAUGUUACUGUCUGGCAGCAGUUUUAACUGGCCUUAUAUGUCCAUUCAAUAAAAUAUUGGAGAAAAAAAUUAAAAUAUAUAUAUUGAGAAGGGAGAUGAAAGAGAGGGAAAGGAAAGCAAAUGACAUUUGGGUUCUGGUGGUUGCUUAUAUUUCCUUCUGCUAAGGAUGUAAAAGGAUGUUACAAGUUUGCUAGAAGAAGACAGGAAAAAAAAUAAUGGACUGUGAAUUAAAAAAAGACUCUCAAAUGAACUUUUACAGAAUGCAUUAAAAACUCCCAUGUCAUUAAGCGAAAAAAAAACUUGCUACUUAUCAUUUCUUUUGUUUAAAAAAUAAAGGGAAAAGAAAAGUAAAAG